AAUAAACAAAAUUCAAUUUGAUAGUGAAUUCAACAGAAAUUCUUACCAUUUCUAAGCACUACGUUUUUCUUUUCUUUCGCAUGCAUUCCUUUUGAUAGAUGAUUCAUUACUUCUGAGUGUUCAUGUACACAGGGUUCCAAGCUGCAGUCAGCUCUUGAUCUCGGAAUGGAAUGAAAGAAUCCUGGAAGAAUUCUAUAUGAUACUUUUUCCUAAUACCAUGAAAACAAUUUGGAAUCAUGGAAUCGGAAAGCAUCCCCGCAAAACGAAUCAAACUAAAAGAAGAUGUCGAAUUCACUCCUCCAGUGGAGAUGAUGGUGAACGACUUUGAUGAUGAGAGAACACUAGAUGAAGAAGAAGCCCUAGAAAGCCAAGAGGACCAUCAAACAGAACUCUCUGAUCUCCAGAAGGAGGGUGAUAUGCCCCUGGAAGAACUCUUGGCAAUGUAUGGCUAUAAAGACGAGGAAGGAUCUACUGACUCGAAAUCCGAAGUAACUUCAACUAAAGAAGAGCCGCAAGAAAAAGAAGCCGAAAACGACAUGGCGAGCAAAGCUUCAUCGGCUGAAGAAGCCACAAAACAAGAAGAGGAGAGUGAUGAAGAAGAAGAGAAGCCAUCAGAAUUGGCAAAACUUUAUGAGGAUAUACCCGAUAGUAAUGCUUCAGGGCGAUCUCUAAGGCUGUCGCGUCCUCAAAGUGAGGAAGAAGAGGAAGAUUACGAUUACAGUCCAGAUGAGGAAGAAUGGAAGAAGACGAUUAUGAUUGGUAGGACUUAUCAGGCGGAUGUUCCUGAAGGUCUGUGUAAAUACGAUGAUGCGUUACCAUACGAAAACGAGGACAAAUUGCUGUGGGAUCCACAGCAGCUUAGCAACAAAGAGCUGGAGGAAUACCUUACAAAAGCGUUAGAGCCCCUAAUCUCUAGUGCUCAAGGCAUCGCUAUGAUACCUGUUGGCUCGCACAUCAAAGAUGAUGAGCAGGCAUUAUAUCUUCUUUUACAAUGUGGCUACAACACGGAAGAAGCCCUCCGUAGAAGGAGACUAAAUGCUGUUCAACCCACAGACUCAAUGAGUCUUUGGUCAGAAGAAGAGUGUAAAAAUUUUGAAAAUGGUCUCAGAUUAUAUGGCAAAGAUUUCCACCAAAUUCAACAAAAUAAAGUGAGAACAAGAUCUGUCGGUGAAUUAGUCCAGUUUUAUUACCUAUGGAAAAAAACUGAGAGGCAUGACAUUUUCGCCAACAAAGCUAGAUUAGAAAAGAAAAAGUAUGCGUUACAUCCAGGAGUUACGGAUUACAUGGACAGAUUUUUAGAAGAUCAAGAUAGUGGCGGAGCUACAAGGGACCGCAGCUCAUCGCCGAACGUAGUCUGCGUUAUUUAUGGAGACCCAAAACGGUUGCAGCGGAAUUCCAACCUAAACGAUCAAAUUAGCUCAAGUAACCUAACUGUAGAAGCAGACGAAAAAGGUUGAUGCCACUAAUCAGCACUCCGUUUUCCCUGUUGUUAUAGCAGCUGAUUUUUCAUCUCGCCACCAAAUGGCCAACAUCUAUUGUCGGCAAUUCCUGUCUCUUCUGCUGGGACCAUGCCUGCUGAACUGCAUCAACUACGCAAGUACCUAUCAUUUUUAUAUUGUGUUUCAAGACAGAGUGACAAAUGUUCAAGGAAGCACCAACCGCCUCUUCUGAAAUCUUUUCAAUGCGGAAGUUUUGGAAUUUCGAUUCUGUAUUGCUGCUAUUAACUUUAGAUCUGAUUUUCUCAUAAAAUAAAAGCAAUGCAGUUAAAUGCUUCAAUGCAGUAGAAUUCCCCUAUAGUAAAAUUAGUUGAAUCUUAAGAAAUCCUAAAAUUAAAGGCAAGUUUGAUCCGUGUCGGGCAUUCAAAGAAUAUUUUCAUUAAGAGUUAUGAAAAAGAACCAUAGAACUGAAGACAGAUCAUUGCAUUCUUUUAAUCUAUAUCAAACUGAUUUUGAUUCAAGUAGUAUUUCGAGUUUAACUGAGGAUUAAUAUAAUUAGAUCCACAGAAAAUGGCCACCUGUCCCAGAGGUAUUCAAUCUGUUGUCAAAUUUGAAAAUCUAAGUACCCAAAAAUGAAGACCAAAGUACAGAAGAAAUGAUUUUUGCUGCUACACUUUUGUCCCUAAAAGUUAAUAUUGUACUUUUGAGACUCCAGACCUUUUUCUCUGCUUCUCAUCCUCUGGCAAAUGUUUCUCGAUUCUUGGAAAAAACUUGAUUUUUGCCUGUAUCUUUAUAUUCUACCGAAAAAAGAAAGAAAAAUAGUACUUUUAAAAUCUACCUUCGAUACUUAAAGCCCAUUUUCACCUGUGAUACUGAUGUUAAAGUCUCUCUUGAACCAUCUCCAUCUCGUUAAUUUUUUUUAAACUGCUAUCACCGUUUAUGAUUUAUUCUAGCCUAGAAUGCUCAUUGAGAAUAAAUUUUGCAAUCAUUUUAAAAAGAAAGAGAAGAAAACUGUAAAAUGUUAUAAAAAAAUCACCUUGAAUUUCAACGCUUCCUCUACGACUGCACCUUGAUCAGGGUGUCUAGCAUCAGGAUUUUCUCGAUUCUAUCAGGAUUUGAGGAAAAAUCGGCCGUAAAAUCAGGAUUUGAGUAAAGUCGGCUGUCCGAUCGGAUUUUUUUUAUAGAGCUAUUUUUGCGAAGUUACAUUUGCCUAAUUUUACUCCGCCAAAAAUCAAGAUUUGGAAAAAUUAUGAAAUCAGGAGUUAGCAGUCAAAAAUCAGGAUAAAUCAGGAUUUUCCAUAAGGAAAAAAACUAGACACCCUGUUGAUGAACAAAUCGGGAUUGGCAAUGCAUUUUUUCUACAGUGCAUUGCACAUGUUUAGGAAUUUCCUGGAAUCUCUAAAAAAAUGUUUGUGUCCACGGUGUUUAACAUGGAAACAACGGUCUGUAAAUUGAUAAUACCCUUUGCUAAAUGGAAAUUUGUUAGAGACUUUCAAGUUUUAUUGUAAAGAUAGAAACCUUUUCUGACCGGAAAACAAAUUUCAAUCUAAAGAAUUUAUUAUAUGGGCGUUUGUUUCCCAAAAGUUUUAGCGCAGAAUGAUUUUUUACACUAUCAAAGAAGGAAAUUAAUCCCUAGCGUAGAAUGAUUUUUUACACUAUCAAGGAAGGGACUAAUCCCUUCCAAUUCAUGAUGAGUUUUCUUCCUCCUGAAAGCGUUAGAAUUUGAGUUUUGUCAAAUUAAGUGCUUAGAGUUCCAGUGGCAUUGAGUCUCCAGGAAGACAGAAUUGAUGCUUCAAAUCCUGAAACACAUAUCAGCAUUUGCAAAGUUCUCAACUUACGCACAAAUUUUCACCGCUAAUGGCUUUUUGCAGAAAAAAAUCAUCUAGUGAAAUUGCUUGAUAUUUUUCAAAAUUCCUCAAAAUUAUGAAGAAUAGACCUCUAGACAAGGUUUAAACUAGAAGGAAAUGGUAUAUGUUUUCCCCUCAAAAUCUUAUGAAGAAAAUAAUUCACACAACAGGAAGUGCGGAAAUAAAAUCCUGAAUGCGUUAUCAAAAAAUAUUUUUUGCAUGCAUCAAAUGGAAGUUCAACUAUACAAAUGACAUCCUAUGUAUUUUUGCCAUUUAACCAAUGUUGAUUGUAAAUACUUAUCUUGCUCAGGGGAUGCUCUCAAUAUUUCCUGGUGUAUAAAUAGUUUUCUAUGUCAAAUUUUGAGGAGAUAAUAUGUUGCAUAGUGCCUUAAUUCUUACCUUGUCUAAAGGGUGAUCGCCCAAAAACAAUGUAAAUCUUUUUUUUUUUUAACGAAAAGAACAUAGACGUGAAAAAAAAUUAUGUGCAUUCGUGAACUGCUGAGAACUCUUGACAUGUCGGUAUAUUAUGUUACCGUAUAGAAUUGUGUUCUGGAAAGCAAUUGUAGCCUUGAGAAAAAGGUGAUCUUAUCUUCAUAAUGUUAUGUAUUAUAUUUAACUUGAGUGACCGGCCAGGGAAAACAAAUUGUAAUUAUUAAUGAUUUUUUAAACCCAGCCGUAAUCUUGUCCGUGUUUAUUGUUUGUAUCAUUAAGAUUUUUGAAUUCUUGUAAAUAUUUGUACAGUAAUCCUAAUUUAUUUUUGUAAGUCUAUUAGCUCUCGAGCCAAUAAAAUUUCAAAUCAAAAUUACACGGAAUUUUGAAUA